AUGACCCAAACCGAGGAUGACUACGAUUACGAGGCCCUGCCCGAGAACGCCUCUCUCACCGCCUGCUUGAUCGCCGGUGCCAUUGCCGGUGUCGCCGAACACGCCGUCAUGUACCCUGUCGACUCGAUCAAGACUCGUAUGCAGAUUUUGGCUCCUACGCCUCAGGCCAUGUACAGCGGUGUCUUCAACGCUGCCUCAAGAAUCUCGACGACUGAAGGUGCCAGGACCUUGUGGAGGGGAGUCAACUCGGUGAUCAUGGGUGCCGGUCCAGCCCAUGCCCUUUACUUUGCCACAUACGAAUAUGCCAAGGAGUCCUUUGGCGGAAACGGAGCCGGACACCACCCCGUUGCAGCAGCUGCUGCUGGUGCCUGUGCCACGACCGCACACGAUGCUCUGAUGAACCCAUUUGACGUGAUCAAGCAGAGAAUGCAGGUCCACGGAUCCGUCUACAGGAGCGUCAUGGAAUGCGCAUCCAAGGUUUACAGAACCGAGGGCUUCCGCGCCUUCUACAUCUCCUACCCCACCACCCUCACCAUGACCAUCCCCUUCAAAUCCAUCGAAAUCGCCACCUACGAAUAUCUCCGCAAGGUCCUCAACCCCGCAGGAAACUACGACCCCAUGACCCACAUCAUGGCAGGAGGUGUCGCCGGUGCCGCCGCCGCUGCUGCCACCACCCCCUUGGACGUUGCCAAGACCCUCCUUCAGACCCGUGGCGAAUCCAAGGAUGUGAGGAUAAGAAACUGCAGUGGCUUGGUCGAGGCAUGGAAGAUCAUCUACCAACGCCAGGGCGUUGCUGGCUUUGCCAAGGGUCUCCAACCCCGUGUCCUGAGCCAUAUGCCCUCCACUGCCAUCUGCUGGAGUGUGUACGAGUACGGAAAGUGGUUUUUUACCCGUGACGCCCUCGACAAGCAGCCCAUCCUCGCUUAA